AUGCAAAAAAGGUUUUUUAUAUCGGGUGAGAGGGAAGGUGGGAAGGUGGAAAAUAGUGCGGUUUCGAAAGGAGAAAUAAUUGAAUUGGCAAAUGGUGGUAUUCUUGACCAGGUCAUUAUUUCCAGAAAUUUUCCGAUUCUAGAAGUUGAAGUAUCUCCAAGUGGAAUAUUCUCGGAUCAUCGUUUUGUAAAGGUUGAGGCAUCAAUUGCUCAUAUAUGUUGUUUUAAAACCAAACUGACAAUAAAGUUGCAAAAAAUUAUUCAUUCUGUUAAGUCAUCUAGUAUUUCAACUUCGUUAUCAGAAGAUAGACAAUUACGAACCACUGGGUUUGAAUCAUUUCCUGAAAUCACUGAGAAUGAUCUCGUGAAGACUAUAUUUGAUUCUCCGUCUAAAACGUGUUCACUUGAUAUCAUGCCAACAAACAUUUUAAAAAGUAUAUAA